AUGGCUCCGAGUGAACGCUGUCUCCUCAAACGGCAGAGCACAAAACCGGGAGGAACGUGUAGUUUGUAAGCCGCUCAUGUAAGUAACACGUGUUUUCAUGCCGUUUGUUCUGUGUGUUAUAAUUGUAUGAGUCUUGUGCUUAUAAAGCGUCCAGAUUUCAGUAAACGUGUACCUGAUGCCACAGGUGCGUUUCACUGUAGUUCAGCUCAGUUCAAUGGACAGGUUGAUAGGAAUGAUUUAAACACACGCAGUGCAGUUUGUAUCUACAGUAUUUGUAUCAUGCUCUUAACGAGCUGUCUGAAAGUGCGCAGUAUACAAAAUAUGUUGUAAAUUGUUAUUUAUAGGCUGGACCAACAUAUCUGUGAGCAGACUUUACAAGCAAUUUACUGUUGAAACCCUGUAUCUGAAGCCUCAGAACAGGUCUGGUUUAUGAAGGGAAGAUACAUAAAAUGUAACUCGACUUAGAAGAUAAAUAAGCAGGCCAGUGAUGACAGAAUCAGCACACCUUCAGAUGAAUACUGCAAUGUUGUGGAAAUUAUGAGUCACCAUGUUAUGAACCUAAUGAGUGUGGCAUUUCACAUUGGUGGUUCAUGCGUGUAGAUUACAUCAAAUUAUCCUGGGACCCAGUGAAAGAUUGCCUCCACGAGACUGCGGGAACAUUUCUGUAGAAAGGCUUCAGCAUCACUUUUAAUUUGUCCAAGUGUUUUGACAAGUCUUUGAGAAUGAAACGAGGAAGGACAAGUCUCAAAUCAAAGUGCCAGCGCUUCCCCUCUCAUGAGAGGGGGGCUCAAAGACAGAAGCGAGGGACGUCCAGCUUCGCCCUGACUUCAGCAGAGGACUGGGGUAACCUGCCCCACCUAGCCGUCCUGCAGAUCUUCCAGCAUCUGUCCCUCGUUGACCGGGCCAGGGCCUCGUCGGUGUGUCGCUGCUGGAAUCACGUCUUUCACACCCCUGAUCUGUGGAGGAGGUUUGAGUUUGAGCUCAAUCAGCCGGCCACGUCUUACCUGCGCUCCACUCACCCUAACCUCAUUCAGCAGAUCAUUAAGAAGCAUGCCCAGCACCUGCAGUAUGUCAGCUUCAAGGUGGACAGCUGCACAGAAUCUGCAGAGGCGGCCUGUGACAUUCUCUCCCAGCUGGUGAACUGUACCAUUAAGACCCUGGGGUUGAUUUCCACAGCGAGGCCCAGCUUCAUGGAUGUAUGUCAGGCCCACUUUGUGUCUGCACUGACAGUGGUGUUUGUCAACUCCAAGUCCCUGUCCUCCAUCAAGAUGGAUGACACGCCAGUGGACGACCCGUCCCUGAAGGUGCUGGUUGCCAACAACAGCAAUACCCUAAAGUUGCUGAAGAUGAGCAGUUGUCCUCAUGUCUCCCCAGCAGGUAUAAUGUGUGUAGCAGACCAGUGCCAUGGACUCAGGGAGCUGGCGUUGAACUACCAUCUCCUGAGUGACGAGCUCCUGCUGGCCCUCUCCUCUGAAAAACACGUCCACUUGGACCACCUGCGCAUUGACGUGGUGAGCGAAAACCCCGGGCAGACACACUUUCACACCAUCAAGGGAAGCAGCUGGGAGGCCUUGGUCCAACACUCGCCCAAGGUCAACAUCGUCAUGUACUUCUUCCUCUAUGAGGAUGAGCAUGAGCCCUUCUUCCUCGAGGAGACUCCCGUCACCCACCUGUACUUUGGCCGGACAGUUAGCAAAGAGAUGCUGGGUCGCAUCGGACUGAACUGUCCUCGGCUGGCGGAGCUCGUGGUGUGUGCCAACGGCCUUGAGCCCCUGGACGAGGAGCUGAUCCGCAUCGCCGAACGCUGCAAAAGCCUGACUGCCAUCGGGCUAGGCGAGUGUGAAGUGACCUGCAGUGGCUUUGUGGAGUUCGUAAAGAUGUGCGGGGGCAGGCUGACUCAGCUGUCAAUCAUGGAGGAGGUGUUAAUCCCAGACAGCAGCUACAACAUGGAGCAGAUCAACAGUGAGGUGUCCAAGCACCUGGGCCGCAUGUGGUUCCCUGAUAUGAUGCCCACCUGGUAGGCUGACGUGAAGCCAGAGCGGAGGGCUGCAGUGUGAUUGGCUCUUUUUUGGCAGUAAGUCAUUAGUGUUCAUGGGUAAUUUCUAAAGCUGUCACUUGUAUUUCUACCUGCAGUAGGUUUGAUGUAAGACUGAAAAUGUUUUCUCACUUAAAAACUGUGGACUUAAAAGGAUGUGGAUCUGUCAUCUGUUGGCUAAUAUUAAAAGCAUACAAAAAGCAUCACACUGAACAGCAUUUCCCAUAUUAUCAUCAGUGUGUGUUGUUCAGUGAAUUCCAGGCCUUUUGUUGUGGUGAAAUGUUAUUCUUUACCUUAUCGCUACAUCCCUCUUAAGUCUCAAAUCGUCUCAUCUACUCCUCCUUAAGUUGGUGAUUUCCUACAGUUCCCAGGAUAUAGUUUGAGGCCGCGUCUGGUGCAUCCAGCCGUUGUUAGAAAGAGGACUAACAAUAGAGAUACUAAUGCAGCACAGGGAGAACAGGAGUUUCCAGUUGAGGCAGAGCAAGAGUCACAGCUUCAUGUAAAACACAAAUGGGUCUUUUGUAUUCUUGCCUAUGUGUGUUUGUGACAGUGGAGUUUAAUAAUUAAUCUUACACUACAACAUUUUAAUUUGGUUUAUGGUUGUCAGUUAAAACAUCUGAAAUAAUCUAAACCAGUCAUACUACUAUCCUCUUUUUUCACAGCUGAAAUAGAUUUUAUUUUCCUUUCAAAUUUAAAGCUUGUGUUCUAUAAGCUUUUAGUCAGAAAUCUAAAUUGAUGAGACAAUUUAUUUCAACCCAACAAACUUCAUUCUUUCUGCACUAAAUAUAUCUCCAUGUCCCGAAAAUAUAAUAUAAUAAUAUAAUAAUUUUUUUUCUGAUUUCAGAUGCACUUUAUUUUUUUUAAUUAUAGAUGGACAUCUCUGUUCAUCUAGAAGCACAGGCUAAACAGAUGAAGGUUUUCACACCAGACGUCUACUGUCUUCAAAAUAGAGGCCUUUGUGCCAAACUUCUGGUUGCAUUUCCUUUCAUUUUUUUGUGCAAUUUAUUAUGUGCAAAAUAGUUCUGGUGCAUUAACACAAUAGGCCCACAGUAUUCAGUGCCACACUGUAACACAAUACAAUAAAACAGCUCU